GACGACAGCCCGCACACCCCGGCUCUGCCCCUCCGACCGGCCGGCAGCCCGCCCGACCGGCCCGUACAGUCCUCGGCAGUGUCCUGAGACUGUACGGACCCCCGGCAGACACACACGGACACACACACACGGACACCGGACACACACACACACACACACACACACACACACACAGACAGAGCCCCCGAGCCGCGGACGUCUCCCGGGGCACCGCGGCGCGAUGACGGCCGACAAGGAGAAGAGCAGGAGCAGCUCGGAGCGCCGGAAGGAGAAGUCUCGGGAUGCGGCUCGGUGCCGGCGCAGCAAGGAGACGGAGGUGUUCUACGAGCUGGCCCACGAACUGCCCCUGCCUCACACGGUUAGCUCCCACCUCGACAAGGCCUCCAUCAUGCGCCUCGCCAUCAGUUUCCUGCGCACCCACAAGCUCCUGACUGCAGUGUGUUCGGACGGCGAGCCCGAAGCGGAGGCUGACCCGCAGGUGGACGGCCUCUACCUCAAGGCCCUGGAAGGCUUCAUCGCCGUGGUGACCCAAGACGGAGACAUGAUCUUCCUUUCGGAAAACAUCCACAAGUACAUGGGGCUGACCCAGGUGGAGUUAACGGGACACAGCAUCUUUGACUUCACUCACCCGUGCGACCACGAGGAGGUUCGGGAAAACCUGAGCCUGAAGAACGGUCCCGGCUGCACCAAGAAGAGCAAGGACGUGUCCACGGAGCGCGACUUCUUCAUGAGGAUGAAGUGCACCGUCACCAACCGUGGGAGGACGGUCAACCUGAAAUCCGCCACCUGGAAGGUGCUGCACUGCACCGGCCAGGUGAAGGUGUACAGCUCCCCGGCGCUUCCCAGCCUUUGCGACUACAAGGAGCCCCUUCAGUCGUGCCUCAUCGUCCUGUGCCAGCCCAUCCAGCAUCCCGCCAGCAUCGACAUCCCCCUGGACAGCAGGGCCUUCCUCAGCCGCCACAGCAUGGACAUGAAGUUCACCUACUGCGAUGACCGGAUCACGGAGCUGAUUGGCUACCACCCCGAAGAGCUGCUGGGCCGCUCCGCCUACGAGUUCUACCACGCGCUGGACUCGGAGAGCAUGACCAAAAGCCACCAGAAUCUUUGCGCCAAGGGCCAGGUCGUGAGCGGCCAGUACCGCAUGUUAGCCAAGCUCGGCGGCUACGUGUGGCUGGAGACCCAGGGCACCGUCAUCUACAACACGCGCAACCUGCAGCCGCAGUGCAUCUUCUGCGUCAACUACGUCCUCAGUGAGAUCCAGAAGAACGACGUGGUGUUCUCCAUGGACCAGACCGAGUCGCUGUUCAAGCCCCACCUGCUAGCCACGAGCUCCCUCUUCGACGGCGAGGCCGGCGCCACCGACCCCAGCAACUUCCUCUUCUCCAAGCUGAAGGAGGAGCCGGAGGAGUUGGCGCAACUGGCCCCCACCCCGGGAGACGCCAUCAUCUCCCUGGACUUCGGGAACCCGAAGUUUGAGGACUCGCCCCACUACGGCCAAGCCAUCCUGCCCCGCGCGGGCAAGCAGUGGUCCCUGGACGCGGGGCAGAGCCAGCGGAGCCAGGGCGAGCCGGGCAGCCUGCCCGCCUUCACGGUGCCCCAAGUAGCCCCCGGGAACACCACCCCCAGUGCCAACAGCUCCAGCAGCUGCUCCACGCCCAGCAGCCCGGGAGACUACUACAGCGCGCUGGGCGAAGAGCUGAAGAUCGAGGUGAUCGAGAAGCUGUUCGCUAUGGACACCGAGUCCAAGAGUCAGUGCAACACGCAGACGGACUUCAACGAGCUGGACCUGGAGACGCUGGCUCCCUACAUUCCCAUGGAUGGCGAGGACUUCCAGCUGAGCCCCAUCUGCCCGGAGGACGCCCCGCUUCUGGAGUGUGCCCAGGCGGCCCAGGACGGCCUCAACACCGUGACCAGCCUCUUCCAGCCCCUGGCCCCCGCUGCCCCCGAGAAGUUCGGCCUGCAAGCGGCCGCCAAGAAGCCGGGCUCCGGGAGCCACCGGCCCUUGGCCUCCCUGUACUUCGAGUGCGGGUCCCGGGCGGCCCUGCCGCCCUACUACACGCACGCCAGCCCCCCGCUGUCUUCGAUGGGGGGCCGCUCCAACACCCAGUGGCCGCCGGACCCCCCGUUAGGGUACCCGCCCGUGAAGUGGGCCGGGCCCGACCCCCGCGCCGACCCCCUGGGCCGGGGGCCGUCCUCCGGCCCACCGCGGCCUUCCCCCGGCCUGCCCCUCUACAAGGACAGGUCCCUGCUCACCCUGUCCGACAAACUGCGACUGAAGCGGCAACUGGACCGAGGGGACCCGUCCCGCGGGCUGCCCGGAGGGGGGACGGCUCCAGACGGCGGCGGCGGCGGCGGCGGAGGCGGCGGAGGGCCUUCCCAUCUGAUGUGGAAAAGGAUGAGGAGCCUCAAAGGGGAAGGCUGUCCCCUGCUCCCCGAAAAGCCCCCCAACCUGGGGGUCCGCCGCGACGACUUUAUCCGUGAGGCCUUGAGGGGCCUGGGUCCGCCCCAACCCCUGGGCCAACCGAGGCAGAAGCCGCCGGCCCUGCCUGGUGUGCCCCCGCCGCCGCCGCCCUCCCCCGGAGACCCCCCAAGAGCGCCCGGCCCCCCGGCUUUCUACCGCUGGCGCUACCAGGACUGCGGCCUGCCGCCCGCCCGCAAAAUGUCAGGGAUGACCAGCCGUCUCCUGGGGCCGUCACUGGAGCCGUAUCUGUUACCCGAAUUGACCCGCUAUGACUGUGAAGUCAACGUCCCCGUCCCGGGCAGUUCCACCCUCCUGCAGGGCAGCGACUUGCUCAGGGCGCUGGACCAGGCGGCCUGAGACCCCCCAGGACCACCACCCCACCCCCCCCAUCCGCCCACGAGCCCCCCACCAGCCAGCCCCCUUCCUCCGAGACGCCCUCAGCGCCGGACGCGUCCGCCGGGCCCCGCGGUGACCUCGCCGACCUCCCCGCCUCUUCCCGCACAGCAUAAGAAAGCGGCUGCGCUGACCGUUCCGUCUACUGUAUUUUUCUCUCUUGCAAUAAAAAUGCGUUAGCACGUG